CAGCUCCUCCGUUGCGGGUGGGGGGGGCGGCGGAGGCGGAGGGUACAAUCUGGCGCAAACUCCAGGAGAGCGACACUGUGGAGAGAGGAGGUGCCCCCGCCUUGAUCAGGAGGAUGAUGAUGGUGUUGUUGUUGUUGUUGUUGUUGAUGUUUCGCUCGUCCUCUUGACCCCGCGCUCGCUGUUCCCCGACCCCCGCAGGUCCGUGGAGGAGGAGGAGGGGGUGUGUCACCGCGCGGGGAGGCCGCUGUGGGAGCGAAGACGCGCGGAGGAAGAGCGAGAGACGCGGAGCGCCGAGCCAUGGCCGCCCUGCGCUGGGCCGCGCUGGCGUACUGCAGCUCCCUGGCCGUCCUGCUGGCCAGCGGCAACUUCGUGCUGGACGUGGAGGACCAGUUCCAGCCCGUGACCUCGGACGAGACGGUGGCAGUGGGAGGCACGGUGACGCUGACCUGCAGGGUGCAGGACAAUGACAACUCCUCCCUGCAGUGGUCCAACACCGCGCAGCAGACCCUGUACUUCGGAGAGAAGCGAGCCCUGCGGGAUCACCGCAUCCAGCUGGUGCAGUCCACGCCCACCGAGCUGUCCAUCAGCAUCGCCAACGUCAACCUGUCGGACGAGGGCGAGUACACCUGCUCCAUCUUCACCAUGCCAGUGCGGACCGCCAAGGCCACCGUCACCGUGCUGGGCGUGCCGCAGAGGCCCGUCAUCAAGGGGUACCCCGGGCCCAUCGUGGAAGGGGGGACCCUGGAGCUGUCCUGCCAUAGCUCCGGCAGCAAGCCCCCCGCCCGCCUGCGCUGGUUCAAGGGGGCCGAGCAGAUCCCAGGUCGCCCGGAUGUGGUGGACCCCGAGGGCAAGACCUUCACCGUGAUGAGCAGCAUCAACUACACCGUGAGCCGCGAGGACAACGACGCCAUCAUCUCCUGCUCCGUGGGGCACGAGUCGCUGCAGACCAGCGACAAGAGCAUGGAGCAGAGGAUCCAAGUGCUGUACAAGCCCUCCGUCCGGAUCCAGCCGGAGAGCGACCUGCCCAGGGAGGGGGAAAAGUUCUUUCUGCAGUGCGUCGGCCUGGGGAACCCCGAGCCGAGCGUGUUCAAGUGGGAGAGGAAGGAGGGGGAGCUGCCCCUCCUCUCCAAGCAAGAUGGCAGCUACCUGUACUUCGAGUUGCUCAACAAGUCUGACAACGGCCUGUACCACUGCGAGGCCGACAACGGGAUCGGCAAAGGGGAGGCCGAGUACCAGCUGUCCGUCCUGGACCCCACGGCCAUGUCCACGUCCUCGGGGAUCGACCACGCGGUGAUCGGCGGGGUGGUGGCGGUGAUCGUCUUCAUCCUGCUGUGCCUGCUGAUCGUGCUGGGCCGGUACCUCAUUCGGCNGGCAGGCACAUACCUGACGCACGAAGCCAAGGGCUCGGACGACGCCCCCGACGCCGACACGGCCAUCAUCAAUGCCGAGGGAGGGCAGUCUGGAGCCGAGGACAAGAAGGAAUACUUCAUCUAGGGAACGGGAGA